AGACCGGUGGACUUCAAGGUAACAGCAUUACUUUGGAUGCACCUGAGUUCAAUUCCCUGCUUAGCUGUCGUGGAACUUGCGACAGAGGGAGCCCAGCUGGUAUCUCAGACUGAUCUAUUUGCGGUAUAUUUGCUGCGGCAACUUACGUCGCGGCCAUGUCGAUGAAAGCAGGACCCUCGUUCCGGCCGCCACAGUCGUCUCCACAGCUUGUCGACGAAGCUGAGGAAGAGGAGGAUUACGUUCUUGCAGGCAGUAGCAAUGAACCACCGCCAUAUUCCAGCCCGGUAGUCUCUCCAGGUGGCCCCUCAGCUGCGUCGUCGUCGUCACGGCGGCCACUGGCUGCGUCGACGAUCCCCACGCCGUGGCUUCCUGAUUUGGACUUUUCCAGAUAUUCCAUUGCAGACGCAACAGUAUCCAAGGAUGGGACGACGAUUGUCACCACAUCCCCUGUCCUCAGCCACGAUUCGAAAGCCCUCCUCCGAUUCAUCCAGGAUCAAGCGUCGCUACCCCCACUGCCCUACAUUCGGAUCGUAGGCACCCCGCCGCCAGGGCAGUCGAGACCAGACUUUGAUAUCAAGCUGAACAUGCUGCGCUAUUUUCUCCCCAGACAACAAACUAAUUCCAGUACAACGAACAGUACCAGCAACUGGAACUAUGUCAGGCUCGUGGGCGAAAACGAGCUGGCCUUUCGAGGGAAAAGCACGCAGACCACCACACCAACCGUAAAGAGUCUGGAGCAAUGGGCCUGGAAGUUUUGCAAUGAAAAGUCAUCUGUCAAGACGUCAGUAUUUUGAAAACGAAAGAAAAGAAGAAAAAAAAAGGAUUCUCAUUGAUACCCGUGUGAUUUCUGACUCUCUGAUCAGCUUCGUUCUUGACCGACAAGUGACUAAUUGGGACACGAACAACAUCGAAGGCCAAAUCCGCAGCCUGAUCGCAGCCACGGGCUACAC